GGAACUGAGCUGCCCCCCUGCCUCCUGAAAAGCAGCCAUGGCCACCUACAAAGUCAAGGUGGCCACCGGUGAUGACUUCUUGUCAGGAACAAUGGACUCCAUCUCACUGACCAUUGUGGGGACCCAAGGGGAGAGCCAUAAGCAGCGGCUGAACCACUUUGGGAGAGACUUUGCAACUGGAGCGGUGGAUGAGUACACUGUCCAGUGCCAGCAGGACCUGGGGGAGCUCAUCAUCAUCCGCCUGCACAAGGAGCGAUACUCCUUCUUUCCUAAGAAAUCCUGGUACUGCAACUAUGUGCAGAUCUGUGCACCUAAUGGCCGCAUCUACCACUUCCCUGCCUACCAGUGGAUGGAUGGCUACGAGACCCUGGCUCUGCGGGAGGCUACAGGAAAGACACCAGCAGACGACACCCUCCCAAUCCUUCUGGAGCACCGCCGGGAAGAGAUCAGAGCCAAGCAGGACUUCUACCGCUGGAGGGUCUUCGUUCCCGGCCUGCCCAACUACAUUCACAUCCCCAGUUACCGCCCUCCUGUCCGGAGAAACCCCAACCAGCCUGAGUGGAAUGGCUAUAUCCCCGGAUUCCCAAUUCUCAUCAACAUUAAGGCCACCAGGUUCCUGAACUCAAAUCUGCGCUUCUCCUUUGUCAAGACAGCCUCCUUCUUUUAUCGCCUAGGGCCCAUGGCACUGAAAUUCAAACUCGGAGGCCUGGUGGACUGCAAACAGUCGUGGAAGAGGCUGAAGGACAUUAAGAAAAUUUUCCCUGCCUUCAAGACUGUCACCUCUGAAUACGUGGCCGAGCACUGGGCAGAGGACAGAUUCUUUGGGUACCAGUACCUCAAUGGCAUCAACCCAUGCCUGAUCCGCCGCUGCACGCAGAUUCCAGACAAGUUCCCCGUCACAGACGACAUGGUGGCUCCGUUCCUGGGUGAAGGAACGUGCCUGCAAGCAGAGCUGGAGAAGGGGAACAUUUACCUGGUGGACUACAGAAUCUUGGAGGGCAUCCCCACCAUUGAGCUCAACGGCCAGAAGCAGCACCAAUGCGCCCCUCUCUGCCUGUUGCAUUUCAGCCCGGAAGGGAACAUGAUGCCCAUCGCCAUUCAGCUCAGUCAGACCCCUGGGCCCAACUGCCCCAUCUUCCUGCCCAGUGACUCUGAGUGGGACUGGCUUCUGGCCAAGACGUGGGUGCGCAACGCUGAAUUCUUCUGCCACGAAGCCAUCGCCCACCUGCUAGGGACCCAUCUCAUUGCUGAAGCCUUCUCCCUGGCGGUGCUGCGGCAGCUGCCCAUGUGCCACCCCCUCUACAAGCUCCUGAUCCCCCACACCCGAUACACCAUCCAGAUCAACAGCAUCGGACGGGCCAUCCUCCUCAAUGAGGGGGGGCUCACUGCCAGGGGAACAUCCCUGGGCCUGAAGGGCUUUGCUGAGUUGAUGGCGCGGGCUCUGUCAGAGAUGACCUACGACAGCUUCUACCUCCCCAACGACUUUGUGGAACGUGGGGUUCAGGACCUGCCAGGAUAUUAUUACCGUGAUGACUGCUUGGCAGUGUGGGACGCACUGGAGAGGUAUGUGACAGAGAUCAUCACCUACUAUUACCCAUGUGACGCAGCUGUGGAGGGUGACCCGGAAUUGCAGUCCUGGGUGCAGGAGAUAUUCAAGGAGUGCCUACUAGGGCGUGAGAGCUCAGGCUUCCCCACGUGCUUGCGAACGGUGCCUGAACUGAUCCGAUAUGUCACCAUCGUCAUCUACACCUGCUCUGCCAAGCACGCAGCUGUCAACACAGGGCAGCUGGAGCUCACCUGCUGGAUGCCCAACUUCCCGUCGUCCAUGCGGAACCCACCAAUGCAGGCCAAGGGGUUGACCACCCUGGAGACCUUCCUGGACACGUUGCCGGAUGUGAAGACCACGUGCAUCAUCCUAUUGGUGCUUUGGACACUCAGCCGAGAGCCGGAUGACAAGCGGCCCCUGGGCCACUUCCCCGACAUCCACUUCGUGGAGGAUGUCCCGCGGAGGAGCAUGGAGAGCUUCCGCCAGCGCCUGGCCCUGAUCUCGCACAAUAUCCGCCAGCGCAACAAGUGCCUCCCUAUCCCCUACCGCUACCUGGACCCCGUGCUCAUCGAGAACAGCGUUUCUAUCUAGCACAGCUCUUUUCGCCCAGCUUCUCCCUGCCCUGCGCCCGGCUAUUAAAAAAAAAAAAAUCAACAAAAA